CUUUAUCCCCCUGAUCUACUCUGGAGGCAGAGUGCCAUAGAUCUUCGGUAGAGCAGCAGCACCUACCACAAAAACUCCAUCCUAAAGUAAUGGAACACAGAGGCUACAUUUUAUGUCUCAAUUUCUUCUCAAUUUCUUGCCUUGUUGUUCUUCUCUCCUUUUCAGGAUCUGUUGAAGCUUACAAAAACUACACAGUUGGAGGUUCUUUGGGUUGGUUUGAUAAUUCUGAAAAAUCUGUUGACUAUCAGAAAUGGGCAGAUGGCUUCAACUUCAGCUUGGGAGAUUUCCUCAGUUAAAGAAGCAUCACAUGAAUGAAUCCCAAGCUUAUCAGUACUUUGUCUUGAGAGCUCAGAAUAUAGCUCUGUCCCAUGGAUAUGAAAUUGUUAACUGGGAGGAGACAUUCAACAACUUUGGCAAUAAAUUGAGCCAAAAAAUUGUGGUGCACAACUGGCUCGGUGGUGGAGUUGCUGAGCAAGUGGUGGCAUCUGGAUUAAGGUGCAUUGUGAGCAACCAGGAUAAGUGGUACUUGGACCACUUGGACACCACCUGGCAGGAAUUCUAUAUGAAUGAACCACUCACAAAUAUUACAAACUCCAAGCAACAGAAGUUAGUUAUUGGUGGUGAGGUAUGCAUGUGGGGUGAACACAUUGAUGGGUAGAUAUAGAACAAACCAUAUGGCCAUGUGCUGCAGCAGCCGCAGGUACUUAUUGUCUACUAUGUUAAGAUUCCAUUACCCCAAUAUCUUAUUGCUGGCACUAUAUUGUUAACAAAUCAAUGGUUUUGAUUUUUUAUGCUUUAACUCUUGGCUUCAUGUCUUGGGAGUUAAGCCUGGUAGCCAAUAAAAUAGAUUGAGCUUG